AUGCGCCUUACGAGAGCCUUCUCCCUUACCAAUUUCAGCAUCGCCACUUCGGCGCUAGCCUUUCAAGUCUUCGUCCUCUAUCCCUGGCAUCAUCAACUUGACACCGACUUCAAACACCUGGAGAAGCGGGUUCAGGAGCAGCUGGAGGCGGGGCAGAAGCGUAAUGAGGCCAUGAAUGCGGAACAUCUGGGGGAUAUGAAGGAGAUACGGACGGCGUUGGCCUUGGGGCAGGAGAAAGCUGGGUCCAGGUGGCGUGUUCUAUAG